UUUUUUUUCAAUUUCUGCGGAAUUUCUCCCGAAGAAAAUCGAUCGAAAUUCUGUUAAACCUUUACGAAUUCUCGUUCGUUUGCCCAACAUAUCUAAUUAUCCUUUCACACGAAAUUAAUUGAAAAAAGCAUCAUGGGAACAUCCUGAAGUUUCAUGUGUAUAAACCAAUCAAUGGCGAAACUAGCCAAUUAGUAACAACCUUUUCUUGCUGGGAACUUUCGUUUUCCCUCUUAACCCCAAACAUUAAUCCCAUUUUCUUGUUCAUGAUUUUUAAACAUCCCGCUUAAAUCUCGUUAAAAUUGUUUCCCCCAUCAUGGGUGAUACUUUGGACGAGCGUUCCCUUCAUCAGCACGGAAAUUUAGCUGUAAAAGGUUUUGGAAAAACUAACUUGGCGUGUGGCGAUGAGGCGUCCAAUAAACUAGAGUUGACACUGGAUGAUAAAAUGUUCAGUUGCGAUGUACCAUCAGCAACUCAUCGUCCAUCGAUGUUGACAGUUCCAAGACCUACUGAAGAUCUUCCCCACGAAGGAGGCAGCUCAUUUGCACUGGUACAGCAUUCGGUAGAAGAUACGAAGGAUGAGAUCCCGGAAAACGUGACUUCUGAGGAGUGCGCGGAAUCGUCGCUACAGUCAAACAAAGAGAUUAGCGGGAAUUUGACAGAUCAGUUCCCUGCAGAAAACUCGACUCCCAGCAAUGACGCAGAAAUUCUACCAAUUUGUGUUCCGGACACCACACAGUCAACUGACGUACGAUCGUCUCAGGAUACCGCGGAAACCAAGCAAGGUUCAGAAAGCGAAGGUCAAAUUCGGCAAGUUAGCGACUCCAAGAAGCAUUUGGCUUCGUGCGAGGAUUCCUCGAUGGGGAAACAUGUCGAAGAAAAUAUCCCCGAAGUUCUGAUUCAAGUCUCCAACGAAAAGCAGUGCAACGCAGUGAUGAAACCUUCCCAAUGUCGUUAUACACACGAAGAACUUGUAGAAUCGGAAAAUGAUAGCAAAUGUGUGGCACCUGCGGAUGCGUCACGAAAUCUCACUACCGAGAGCAUAUCCAUCAGAAAUGCUAAGUCAUCAAUGCCAAGCUCUCCGUUCCCACGCAUCAUCCAUGACCAUCUACAAGAGCUCAAACGAACCACUAUAUCUGCAACAUCAAAAGGAAGUUUUCUGGCGAUCAGCAGCCAGAAACUCAAAGAUAAAUUGUCGCAACCUUCAGAACAGGUUCUCAGCGAGUUCGACAGCAAAUCGGGGGAUGAUAAGAUGAGUUCAGAAAGUUUGCAAGAGGAAGAUUCGUGCAGUGUCUCCGCUGAGUCGCAAAGCCUGCACGAGACUACGUCAUUUGGUAGUGCGCACAGAGCCGACAAAUCGCAAGAACCCAAAUCUGAGUCCAUGAUGUCCGAAACUGAAACUGACACGGUGGAGAAGUCUGCCACAAAAACUGGUCGAAAUACGAAUAGCCCAGUUACGGAAUCCAAAGAAGAUCUCACAGAGAAUUCAAUUUCUGAGAGUCAGACGACGGAAACCGUCACCCAUUCAAUUUCUGUGUCAGAGGCUUCUGAGAAUAAGUCUUCGUGCACUCUUAGUCAUCCCAUUCAUCGAGUGAAUCGCUCGUCCUCCAAAACAAAUACUUUGGAAGACAAAUCAUCUGAACCUACAAUUGAAGAACCUGGCAAGGAGCAGACGUAUUUCUGUGGGCAAAUUGAAUGGACCUUUGCCAACCAGCCCGGCCAUGCCUGUGGACCUUGCGUUGAAAAAUCCAGCAGUGACAUCAACUUAAAGGAGGCUUCCAGCGCCAAUCAGGAUGAUUUCAGUGCCACGGACAAAACCUAUUCGUUUUCCUUGCAGCAGAAAUACUUGAGACCCAGCUACGUUCACCCUCAACCGCAAAACGAAGCCAACAACAGAAAAUUGUUUCCUCAUCGACACGCAUUAAACCAGGCCAGAGAAAACUUUUUCAAAGAUACUCCUCCCGAAGGAGCGAGCUUUGAUUUCAACGAUCCUACCGCUGAAAUCACCUCGACGGUCGGUAACCGAAGCAGAACUGCAACCGAUCAAUCCACCGGUCAAAUGACCAUCUCUGAAGAUGACAUGACAGAAAUAACCUUCGCGGAAGACUCAUUUUCUCAGCGUGAUAAGAAAAUUCAAACAUUCACGCCACAACAGUUCGGUGACUCUAUCCAAGAGAGAAAACCUAGCACAGGAGAUGUCUACAAAAAAGUGAGCUUCUCUGACGUUCUGGUCUGUCCUGACCUAGAAAAGCAAAAGGAGCUGUCCAAUGAGCACACCAAGAGGAGAAACGAUAUCAAAGGGAUUUUGAAACCGCCUGGAAGCAAGGCAAUGGCUUAUGAUCCUCAAUCGCUCGAAAGUUCUGCUACAAUUUCGGGGGAAACAUCACAUCACUGUCCAAGCACUUUCUCACCGAUCGACCCGGACUCUUUGCGUUCCGACAGUUCAGAACUCCUCAAGCGACGCAAGAAAGGGCUGUUUUCAAGGCUUUUCCACACAAAUCGGACAAACAAGAAACAACUGAAGAGUGUGAGAAUCCCUCAGGAAUCCGCUGUGGUGGAACAACCCGCUCAGAAGAAACCAUCCAGCUUAUUCAAAAGGAUUUUUGGGAAGAAAAACAAGAAGACGACACACUUGAUGCCCUUGAAAGGAACUGGAUCACUGGUGAAACAUGAUAUCAAACUACCAGACUGCAAAUUCGUGUCGAUUGAGGUGCACCAGAAUUUUAUUGAAUUGCCUUCAGGGCUCAGAUUGCACAUGGGCGAUGGAGCCAUGAGCGAAACUUGGUUGAGGAAUCACCGAAAGGAACAAAAAAUAACCCUCAGCCCAGAUGUGAAGAAGGCCGUGCAAAGAUACGAAUCAGGUGGAAUUGUGGAGACAGAAGGGGACGACCUUCGCACUCGUCCUGCCAUUGCAUCAAGUAUGGUUCUAUGA